AUGGCAGACGACGACUUGGCUCAGAUUCGCGCUGCGCGUCUUGCGCAAUUGAAGCAGAAGCAAGGUGGAGGAUCAGGCGAUAAUGGCGAGGAAGAACAGGCGAGAAAACAAGAGUCGGAGGCACGCUCGCAUAUGCUUGCUCAGAUCCUUGAGCCAGAAGCCGCAGACCGUUUGGGCAGGAUACGCAUGGUCAAAGAGUCACGCGCCACGGAUGUCGAAAACCGACUGAUCAUGCUUGCCCGGUCAGGUCAACUCCGGCAGAAGGUCACCGAGACUCAACUGAAAGAGAUGCUAGCCAGCCUGUCCGAGCAUGAGAAGCAGACUGGCCAGACAAUGGAGAGCGUCAAAGUCGUAAGAAGAGGCGGUUGGGACGAUGACGACCUGGAUGACCUGUUGAAGGAGUCCUGA